UCGGUCAAUCGCAGAAAUAAUGGCAAAUCCCAAUCCGUACGGUGGCUACCAGCAAGCCCCUGGUGGCUAUGGUGCACCACAAGGUCAGUAUGGUGCUCCUGGUGGAUAUGCAGCUCCAGGCCAAGCUCCGGGCGCGUAUGGCCAACCGGGUGGCUAUCCAGGUCAACCAGGGCCAGCUGCGUUUGGUGGACCACCAGGCUGCCCUGUUGGCAUUAGACCAGAGGUGUGGAAAUGGUUCACCUCGAUAGACACGGACGCCUCGCACAGACUGACUGUCCUUGAACUCCAGCAAGCACUGACCAAUUCCAACUGGUCACAUUUCAACGCGGAGACUUGUAGGCUAAUGAUAGGAAUGUUUGACAGAGAUCAAAGUGGAAGCAUCGAGCUAGCAGAAUUCCAACAGCUCUGGGACUAUAUUGUCCAAUGGAAGGGCGUGUUUGAUAGGUAUGACAGGGAUAGAUCGGGAUUUAUUGAACAUCAGGAGUUAUCACAGGCGUGGGCUGAGAUGGGCUACAGACUGAGCCCUCAGUUUUAUACCAUUGUCAUCAUGAAGUUCGAUCUUGAAGCCAGACGUCGCCUCAAAUUUGACCAGUUCAUCCAAGCAAGUGUGAUGCUGAAGUCCCUGACAGAUGCUUUCAAGGCCCGGGACAGGAAUAUGCAGGGGGUCAUCCAAGUUUCCUAUGAAGAUUUCAUGAGCAUGGUGAUGAUGAAUUGUCCUUAGAUCCCUCUAGAAUUUUCAGUGCCGACUUGGGAGCCUAGCAUUAAAUUGGUCACCAGUGCAUGUAUAAGCCUUCUUUUUACGAUAUUUUGACAGUCAAGCAAACUCUAAUACUGUCGGCACAUUAUUUAGUGGUUUUGUGAUAUUACAACUGCACAUGGGUAACUAACUUGCUGCAGAUCUGCACAUGGGUAACUAACUUGCUGCAGAUCGGCUCAUGGGUAACUAACUUGAUGCAGAUCUGCUCAUGGGUAACUAACUUUCUGCAGAUCUGCUCAUGGGUAACUAACUUUCUGCAGAUCUGCUCAUGGGUAACUGCAAUCUUCCCUAGUGUUAUUUUCAUGUAUCUGUCUUCUUACAUCCUGUGGUAAAUGGUCGGGGCAAGUUUGAAAGAUAUCGUCAAAAGACAGCACUGAUGGCCAGUUUCUUGCAAUUGACCUAUCAAAAGCCUCAGUACAUGAGCGCCGCCUAAACACGCCUAUUGAUUGGCUGAAUCGUAUGUGUAGAAAAUGUACACUGUUCAGACUGACCGAUCUCCCUAGUGGAUGAUCUGUAGGACAGCAGUUGGGUUAGAAUGGGUAUGAUGAAAAGCAUUGCUUGAUUAAAUAAAUGGGUUGAAUAAAUGAAAUAAAAAGAGAAUAUUAAAGGGAUUCUAUAGGAAGCGGCUAUUAAAGUAGGCAAAAUAAAGUUAAACAAAGUUGCCAAUAAGGGUCUCUCACAUCUCGCAAUACGUCGAUCCCAUUCAAUAUAUUUAGUGCUGAAUCUAAUAUGAUCCAGUACCCUUACUGCGUAUAUUAGUCACUUGAAGAUAGCCAAUUUAACCCCCAUGCUCCUACCUAUAGUCCCCCUUUAAAUCGAGGGGGAGGUGUGGGAUUUGAUCAGCUUCCUAAUUAUAGUACAUGUAACUUAUUUCAAUAGAAGAGCACGCAUUAUAAUUGUAUCAAUCAUGCAUCCGUGAAAAUUAUGAACUGAGUAUCGACAUCUCCUGGAAGUUUCGUUGUUAAAUUGAACCCUUUCACUGUGGCUGAUGUGCAUAGCUCGUCAUCAUGCGGGUGACGUGCAUGGCACGUCAUGUACAUGGCCCCAUGUUGUGUAGGUGACAUGCAUGGCACGUCAUGUACAUGGCCCCAUGUUGUGCAGGUGACAUGCAUGGCAUGUCAUGUACAUGGUCCCAUGUUGUGCAGGUGACAUGCAUGGCACGUCAUGUACAUGGUCCCAUGUUGUGCAGGUGACAUGCAUGGCACGUCAUGUACAUGGUCCCAUGUUGUGCAGGUGACAUGCAUGGCACGUCAUGUACAUGGUUCCAUGUUGUGCAGGUGACAUGCAUGGCACGUCAUGUACAUGGUCCCAUGUUGUGCAGGUGACAUGCAUGGCACGUCAUGUACAUGGUCCCAUGUUGUGCCCUUCUAAAAUAUUUGUUCACCAGCACUUGGUCGCAACCUCUCUACACACGCCAAAUGCACUCGGGAAUAAUUAGUUUCAUCCUAAUAGUAUAAAUUGCGACCCUUACGAAUAGUUUUGCCCGUUCAGUGACAACUUAGCUCUAAAGUUUAUUAUUGGUAUCGACUGUCGGCACUGGCAGAAAAAUGGCUGCGCUGGGAGAAAAAUGGCUGCCGCAGCGAAAGGGUUGAAGAGAAGAUUUAAGUUGUUUCUCGGUACACACUGUAUCAUUUAUAUCAUGUGCUAUUGCUAGUGCUAUUAUGUGCAUUUCCUAUUUGCCAAAAUAUUGAGUUGUAGAUUAUCAUAUAGCUUCAUGUACAUAUACAGUGGAACCCCGGUCGGCGACCACCUCAGUAACGCGACCACCCCGCGAACACGACCAAAAUUCUCCGGUCCCGAAUGGUUUUCUCUCUAAUUCCCAUUAACUGGCCCUCGCUAACACGACCACCCCGGUACCCAAACCGCGACCACCAGCUUGGUCGGUCCCAAACUGCAAAUUAACCCCGCUAACGCGACCAUGAGGCCUAAUUGCCGUAAUCAACCAUGACCGCAUCGUAUCAAUUGGCACCUUCUCGCAAAUCCGUGUUGAUAGUUAGCACCUCGAACACAAUGACCAUGGGAAUCCAUAUGAAAAUAAAUGAUGUGUAAGUGAGUUUGAUCAAAUGUAAGCGCAAAUAAAAUGAAGAAUAAACUUUC